GUAGCGGAGCCCUGGAGCCCCGGCGGCCUGAUUGCCCCGAGCCGGCAUGGACCCCGAGCGCUGCGCGCCUUUCGGCGUGGGGCCCGCAGCCGGCCCCUACGCGGCCGCGGGGGACGAGCCUUCGGGCCCCCAGGGGACGCCGGCCGCUGCGCCUCACCUGCACCCCGCGCCGCCCCGCGGCCCACGGCUGAGCCGCUUUCCGGCCUGCGGGCCCCUGGAGCCCUACCUCCCGGAGCCCGCCAAGCCGCCCGCCAAGUACCUGCAGGACCUCGGGCCAGGCCCGGCUCUCAACGGCGGCCGCUUCUACGAAGGCCCCGCGGAAGCUGAGGAGAAGGCCUCCAAAGCUGCCAGCUUCCCCCAGCUGCCCUUGGACUGCAGAAGGAGCCCCAGAGACGGGCCCUCUAACUUGCAAGGUUCUCCAGGCCCCUGCCUGGCCAGUCUGCGUGUGCCUCUUUCCCCGGGACUCCCUGAUUCCAUGGAGUUGGCCAAGAACAAGAGCAAGAAGCGCCGUAACCGCACCACCUUCAGCACGUUCCAGCUGGAGGAGUUGGAGAAAGUCUUCCAGAAAACCCACUACCCUGAUGUGUACGCCCGGGAACAGCUGGCUCUGCGCACAGACCUGACUGAGGCCAGGGUACAGGUCUGGUUCCAGAACCGCAGAGCCAAGUGGCGGAAGCGUGAGCGUUAUGGGAAGAUGCAGGAGGGGCGGAACCCCUUCACAGCUGCCUAUGACAUCUCGGUGCUACCCCGCACUGACAGCCACCCCCAGCUGCAGAACUCCCUGUGGCCCAGCCCAGGGUCUGGGAGCCCAGGGGGCCCCUGCCUCAUGUCUCCAGAGGGCAUCCCCUCCCCUUGCAUGUCUCCAUAUUCCCACUCCCAUGGGAACGUGGCCGGCUUCAUGGGAGUGCCAGCCUCCCCCGCAGCCCACCCUGGCAUCUACUCCAUCCAUGGCUUUCCCCCCACCUUGGGAGGCCACAGCAUCGAGCCCUCCCCAGAUGGCGACUACAAGUCCCCAAGCCUUGUCUCACUCAGGGUGAAGCCCAAGGAGCCACCUAGCCUGCUGAACUGGACCACGUGAUACGUUGCAUGGACGCACAGACUAAGCUGCCCAUCUCCUUUCUGUUCCCAGCUGCUCCAGGUCCACCCUUGCCUGGACACCAGAGUAUGCACUUCUGCCUCCAAGCCCAGAUGGUACUGGAGGUCUAGGAGAGCAGCUGGGACCCUCAGCACCCAGCAGAAAAUAACAGGGUCUUUUUUCUUAAAGUGGGACUGCCUAGGGGCUGGAGAUUUAGCUCAGCAGCACAGCGCCUGCCUGGCAAGCGUGAGGUUGUGAGUUUGAUUCCUGGUACCGGAAAAAAAACCAAAGUGGGACUGCCUAGGAGAAAGGGGGCUUCAAGGUGGGCAGGACUUUUCCUGCCACAAACUAGGUCCCUCACUUAAACUGGGAUACAGGAGGGUACUCGGGUCUGCUUCCUCAAGACUUUGUCUAAAUCCACCUGUCAUCUCUCCCACUGAAAUGCAGGGAGCCCAGAAAGAUGGGAGGAGGAUGCAGAUUAAAUGGGGAGAAGCUCUUUGGGACAGGAGCAGCCAGUCCUCUUGGACCACCUAGAAGAACUUGCAUCCCCCUCCCACCACCAGGGGGCGUGUGCCCAGAGUUGGGUGCUGGCUGGCCGGAAGGUGAAGGUCAGCCUAAAGGAUGCCUGUCUCUUCUGCCCUAGCCGUCCCUUACAGCAGCCUGUGCUGGAUCUCCCAACAUGCUCUUUUAAGUGGGUAGAAAUUCCACCAGCAACCACCAAAUAUUUGGAUUCACUUCAAUGAGAUCAGGCCAGGGCUAUGCUGUGGAAACCAUACUGAAUCUUGGGUCAGAAUAAAACAGAGUUCUUUAGUCUCUGAGUCCCUGAGAUCCCAACUCCCAUUUUUGUAAAGAUACUUUUGUUUAAAAAAAAAAAGUGCUGCCCAGCAUAGUAAUAAAAGUGGUGUUGUUUUUCA